AUGAGCCCGGCCCCAGUUCUGACCCACCGCAUGAGACAUGACAAGUCUAUUCUGGCACUUGUCAUAUCAGCCGAAUACAUCUUUGCAGGCACACAAGGUGGAGAGAUUCUGGUCUACUGCUUGGAGACCUAUGAGCGCAUCAACGUGAUCUGCGCUCAUCGAGGAAGUGUUCUCGGGGUGUGUCUUUCGAAAGACCAGAAGUUGCUCUUUUCAAGUGCCGGAGACCGUAUUGUCAACGUUUGGGACACCCAUACUUUCCUGCAAGUCUACUCAAUUUACUCGACCUACGAUGUUGGCGAUGUGUUUUGCGUAUCCCACGCAUCGAGCUUGCAGACUGUUUACCUUGGUGCUCAGAACACAAGCAUUCAGUGGUACGAUCUUAAAGAGAAGGACACGCGUCCAGAGCCUAAGCCUGCCUCUCACCCUCUGUUUCGCGAGGACAGGUUCUUUGACUCGCCAGGCCCUGGUGGGGUACGGACGCCACGGCCUCAAUCCGCCGAAGAGCGCCCAAGACAUGCAAGAGGUGGCCAGAUCCUCGAGAUUGACAAGCAGCACAUACGCCAGUUCGCGCAUUACGGAUAUGUCUACUGUAUGCUCGUCGCUCGCGGGCUCCUGCCAGACCCGGAUGAGGAGAUACUCAUAUCUGGCGGAGGCGACGGAACCAUAAAGCUAUGGACCCUCGACAGGCAAGCCGGAGGAGCGAUUAAUGAGUUGUACACGCUGUUUGACGGCAGGGACGAAGGCGAAUCCGUUCUAACCAUCGCACUUGAUGGAACUUUCCUCUACAGCGGUCGCAUUGACGGAGAGAUCAACGUAUGGGAUCUUGAAACAAAGCAGCUUGUGAGAAGCCUUAGAACACGUACAGGAGACGUCUUAACCGUGGCCGUGGGUGGUGACCUUCUCUUUGGCGCUGGCGUGAGUGGUGUAGUCGAGAAGUUCAAUCGCCAGUACGAGAGGAUCGGUAGAUUCACUGCACAUACCGGACGGAUCCUAGCAUCAGGAUUUACACGAUAUCGUGGCCAACCGCUGCUGAUCACCGGCGGGAACGACAACACUCUGGCGGUCUAUGACGUCCGUGACUGCAUCUCCACGCCAUCAGGUUCGAAAGUGUCCAGUGAUGAGAUCCUCGUUCAGUAUCUGAAACAGUUCGUCUCAUUCCGCACAGUAUCUUCCGACCUGCGGUAUAAAGCGGAUUGCAGAAGAGGCGCUUCAUGGCUCCGUCAGAUAUUCAAGAAAUUCGGCGCUGCUACAGAGAUGAUAGCUACCGAAAACGGAUACAACCCAAUCAUCUUCGCAAAAUUCCGAGGCAACCCUACUAUCUCGAAAGUCAGGAAGAAGAUACUGUUUUACGGCCAUUAUGAUGUUAUUCCUGCAGAGAACGAGCAAGGUAAAUGGAUCGCGGACCCCUUCUCGCUCCAAGGAAUCGAUGGGUACCUCUAUGGGCGUGGAACUUCAGAUAACAAGGGCCCGAUCAUGGCCGCCAUUCUUGCUGUCGCCGACCUUGCCGCGGAGCAAGCGCUGGACUCUGAUAUUAUCUUUCUGAUUGAAGGAGAGGAAGAAUGUGGCUCACGAGGCUUCGCUAGGGCGAUCGAGGAAAACAAGAAGCUCGUCGGGGAUGUCGACUGGAUUCUCCUUGCAAACAGCUACUGGCUUGAUGACCACGUACCAUGCUUGACCUACGGCCUGCGGGGUGUCAUUCACGCGACAGUUUCCGUUGAGAGCAGCCAUCCUGAUCUCCACAGCGGUGUCGAUGGCAGUACGCUGUUAGACGAGUCACUCAAGGAUCUAAUAGCAGUACUAGCAAUGUUGACCGGCACUCACGGCAGCGUCCAGAUCCCUGGAUUUACCGAUCCCAUCCUCCCUUUGACGGAGGCGGAGAAGAAGCUGUACGAAGACAUCACUCUUACUCUCACCAGGUACAACCCAAGCUUGGGCGACGCCGAGACACUUGCGCAAUCGCUUAUGCGCAGAUGGCGCGAGGCCUCGCUGACGAUUCACCGUAUACAAACAUCUGGCCCAGAGAACUCGACGAUCAUCCCGAGGCUUGCGCGUGCAGCCCUCUCUAUCCGUCUGGUGCCGAAACAAGAGGCCAGUGUUGUCGCCCAAGCUCUGAUCAGUUUUCUGGAGGACCACUUUGCCAAACUCGAGUCCCAGAAUCGGCUUACAGUCUCCAUUGACCACCAAGCCGAGCCGUGGCUUGGCGACUAUAACAAUGAGAUAUUCAAGACGCUGGAGCAAGCCAUAGUGGAGGUGUGGGGUCCUCUCAAGAGUCGCAGGAGAAGCUCACUUAGCAUCUCAAAACACCCUACGCAGCCAUCGAACGGCUAUUCGAGCUCUAAGCCGUCACCCACAACGUCCUCCACGCUAGCCAACAGUAGCGUCACGCCCCCAAAUGAAGAUGAAAUCUACACGCCAGUGGAAAACACAUCCAGCUUUCGCAAGCCGCUGUACAUCCGCGAAGGCGGCUCUAUUCCCGCUAUCCGCUUCCUAGAAAAGGUGUUUGGAGCACCAGCAGCACAGCUGCCUUGCGGUCAGGCGAGCGACAGUGCACACCUCGACAACGAGCGCUUGAGGCUGCUAAACCUGAAAAAGAGCAAGGAGAUCUUCAAGAAAGUCUUCAGGGAUCUUCCAAAGAAGUGA